UGCUCAGUUGUGACGCUUGGAGCUCGCUUCCCUGAGGCGUGUCUAUGCAUUUCCCACUAUUUCUACCAAGUUUCUUUUCACGUUCGCGCUCCUUGGCAAUGGUUCCUUUCCAAUUAUAAGCUCUCUUGUCUCUUUGUCGGUCCUAGCCUCUAUGAAGUGACGCAGGUAUUGGUUUCCAGGUGUGGUAACCAAUCCGUCUGAACUGCUCCAUCUCUCGCCAAAAGAGGCUUCACUCAGUCAGCAGUUCCCCCUUCGCUGCUGGCGAAGCUGACAGUACGUUAAAGAUGUCAGCCUGAGUUCAGUUGCUGUAAGUUUUUUGCAGCUGUGGGAUUUCGAGAUGCUGCGAAUUGUAGUAGAAUCCGCCAGUAACCUUCCUGACUCAAAAUUUGGAACUCCCGACCCCAUAGCGUCGGUCACUUUCAAAGAUGAAAAGAAAAAAACCAAGUCAAUUGACAAUGAACUGAACCCCGUCUGGAAUGAGAGAAUUGAUUUUGAUUUGAAGGGACAGGCUCUAAAUGUCUCCUCUUCAAUUCUUGUUGUGGUUAAGGACUAUGAGACAAUCGGAAAAGACAAGUUUAUUGGUUCUGCAACAAUAUCCUUGAAAGACCUUGUAAGUGGCCAAAAAACGUUACCUUUCAAAAAUAUCCCAUUGCUCAGUGAAAAGAAGCAGCCAACUGGGGGGACAAUAAAUCUCGUGGCGUCUUAUGAACCACCAGCUGGAGCCAUGCCACCUGAUCCAUCUAAUCUUGGAAGCUCAGAUCAGGAUGCUGAAGGGAAUGUAGAUGAGGAUGCAGAAGAUGAAGCAGGAGAUGCUGGGGGAGCCCCUGGAGUUCCUAGCACACCAGGCCAGUCAGCUGCACACAUUGGCAAACGACUCCGAAAGAAGAAAAGCAAGAGAUUACUUUCAAACAAGCCUCAGGAUUUCCAGAUUCGGGUGAGGAUAAUUUCAGCUCGUCAACUGCCUGGAAAUAAUGUAAAACCAGUUGUGAAGGUGACUGUCUGCCAUCAGACCCAUCGAACAAGGAUCCGAAGAGGAAACAAUCCCCAUUUUGAUGAGAUUUUCUUCUACAAUGUAACUCGAUCACCAGAAGAACUCUUUGAUGAAUCCAUCUUAAUUAGGGUCUACAACUCCUUUUCACUGCGAUCAGAUUCCUUGAUGGGAGAGUUCAAGUUGGACAUUGGCUAUGUAUAUGAUGAACCUGGGCAUGCUAUUCUAAGGAAAUGGCUCUUACUUCAUGAUCCUGAAGACACAAGUACAGGGUCCAAGGGAUACAUGAAAGUCAGUUUGUUUGUCUUGGCAACAGGCGAUGAACCUCCGGUUGAAAAGAAAGGAAUAAAUGAAGAGAAUGAUGAUGUUGAAAGUAACCUGCUGCUCCCUGCAGGCCUCACGUUGCGAUGGGUGACCUUUGUCCUGAAGGUCUACAGAGCAGAGGACAUUCCACAGAUGGAUGAUGCCUUUGUUGAAACUGUAAAGUCAAUAUUCGGAGCAGGGACUGAUAAGAAGAAUCUUGUGGACCCAUACGUGGAAGUUUGCUUUGCUGGGAAAAAGCUCUGUACAAAGAUUAUAGAAAAGAAUGCCAACCCUGAGUGGAAUCAAACAAUCAACCUUCAAAUCAAGUUUCCAUCUAUGUGUGAAAGAUUAAGCUUGACUGUGUUUGAUUGGGAUCGGGCGACCAGAAAUGAUGCUAUUGGAACAGCAUUUCUAUACCUCUCCAGGAUAGCUUCAUCGGGAGGAGAAGUUGAAGACCCCCCAGGAAGCUCGCAUCUUACGAAGUAUAAGUCAGAUGAUGAGGGAACUGGGGCUUCUCCAGCCAUUGAAGGGGAGACGGGAGAUGAAGAAGUAGGAUUUCUUCCAGCUUUUGGGCCAUGUUACGUAAACCUAUACGGGAGUCCCAGAGAAUACACUGGCUUUGUUGAUCCUUAUGAAAACUUGAACUAUGGAAAGGGUGAAGGAGUUGCAUAUCGUGGUAGAAUACUAGUUGAACUAAUCACCAAACUUGAUGGCAACCCAGAGAAGAAGUUGGAGGAGAUACCCAGUGAUGAUGUCUUGGUGGCUCAGAAAUACCAACGCCGGCGUAAAUACAGUCUUUCUGCUGUCUUUUAUGCUGGAACUAUGCUUCGAGACGUUGGAGAUGCCAUCCAGUUCGAAGUUAGCAUUGGAAAUUAUGGCAACAAAUUUGACAAAACGUGUAGGCCUUUAGCUUCGACUACUCAGUACAGUCGUGCAGUGUUUGAUGGUAACUAUUAUUAUUUUCUACCUUGGGCCAACACAAAGCCUGUGGUGACACUGACCUCCUAUUGGGAAGAUAUUAGUCACCGGUUAGAUGCUGUGAACAUCAUCAUAAAAAUUGUCGGCAGAAUGGAAAAGAACUUAACAGUGCUGAAGACUGCUGUUCAAGCUAAAGUUGAUGAAGAGCGCUUGGCUGAGCUGUGGCUGAAAGUUAUUGAACAAAUCAUUGAGGACUGCAGCCAACGUCUACCCAAGUUAGAAGGCAAACACAAUGUAACUCAGCUUGAUCUAAAAAUGCUAAACCUCCGUCAAAGCACUUUGGAAGGUGUACUUGACUCAGCCAAACGUAUGCGGAUGGAAGCAGAGGAUCCAAAGGAAUCCAUUGAUGAUAUUGAAGACUGGCUAGAGAGACUGAAAUCAUUGGCUGAAGAGCCACAGAAUAGCAUGCCAGAUGUGAUCGUUUGGAUGAUCUGUGACGAGAAACGAAUUGCAUAUGCAAGAAUCCCAGCUCAUGAAGUGCUUUACUCAACAACUAGUGAAGAAGCCUGUGGUGAAUACUGUGGAAAAACACGAACCAUAUUCUUGAAGUAUGUGGAAGACAAAAGAACCAAAAUUCCAAUUCAGCUACGUGUCCGAUUUUGGCUUGGCCUCUCUGCUGUUGAGAGCAAAUUCAACAGUUUUUCUGAAGGAACUUUCAGUGUAUUUUCUGAAUUGUAUGAAAACCAGGCACAACUGCUGGGCAAAUGGGGUACCAGUGGGCUUGUCGGUCGCCACAAGUUUUCAGAUGUAACAGGGAAAAUAAAGCUGAAGAAAGAAAGAUUCAUGCCCCCAAGAGGUUGGGAAUGGGAAGACAACUGGUUUGUUGAUCCUGAAAAAAGUUUGCUAACAGAAGCUGAUGCUGGUCACACUGAGUUUAUUGAUGAAAUUUACGAAAAUAACUCUCGCUAUCCUGGAGCUGAGUGGAAAGUUGCAGAGGAACCUUACACUGAUGUGAAUGGUGAAAAGAGUUCAUCAAAAGAGGAGAUUGAGUGUCCACCAGGCUGGAAUUGGUUGGAAGAAUGGGAAUAUGAUGUCAAUCGUGCUGUGGAUGAACAAGGCUGGGAGUAUGGGAUAACUAUACCUCCAGAUGACAAACCCAAAUCUUGGGUCUCCACAGAGAAAAUGUACCACACCCAUAGGCGCAGGCGCUGGGUGAGAAGGCGAAAAAAAGAUGAUCAAUCAGUACAAACCUCAAAGAGCCACACACCUGGCCAGGAUUCAGAAGGAUGGGAAUAUGCCUCUCUGAUUGGUUGGAACUUUCACUUAAAGCAGCGGAAAUCAGAUACUUAUCGACGCAGAAGAUGGAGAAGGAAAAUGGCUCCAUCUGGCCGACUUGGAGCUGCUGCAGUCUUCAAACUCGAAGGUGCCCUUGCUCCCGUUUCAGGUGAAGAUGGCGACAAAUCACCAACUGCAGACUCCAUCUUCGGAGCAAGUGCUCCAAUGAUCUCCUGUGUGUUUGACCGCCCUUCAAUCUAUCAUCUCCGUUGCUACAUUUAUCAAGCAAGAGCUAUAAUUGCCAUGGACAAAGAUAGUUUUUCAGAUCCAUAUGCUCAUGUUUCAUUCCUCCAUCAAAGCAAGACCACUGAAGUUAUUAAAUCCACUCUCAACCCCACCUGGGACCAGACCCUGAUCUUCAAUGACAUUGAUAUCUAUGGCAGUCCUGAAACCUUAAUUAAAAACCCACCAAAUGUGGUGAUUGAAAUAUUUGAUGAAGAUCAAGUUGGGAAAGAUGAAUUUUUAGGCAGAUGUACCUGUCCUCCAAUGGUGAAGCUAAAUCCAGAAACUGACAUGGUCCCCAAGCUCCUCUGGUAUCCAAUCAUGAAUGGAACAAAGAAAUCUGGAGAGCUGCUUUUUGCUGCUGAACUAAUACUUAAAGAUAAACCUGAUGGCUCUAAUUUGCCAAUUCUUCCACCAGUUCGGUCAGGUGUACUAUAUAUGGUGCCACAUGGGAUCAGACCAGUUGUGCAGCUUACUGCAAUUGAAAUACUAACGUGGGGCUUGAGGAACAUGAAGAGCUACCAACUGGCUGCUGUAACGUCCCCAAGUCUCAUUGUAGAGUGUGGCGGCGAGUAUUUAGAGUCAGCAGUGAUCAAGAGUCUUAAGAAAUGUCCAAACUUCCCCACCUCUGUUCUCUUUAUGAAAGUGCUGCUUCCAAAAGAAGAAAUGUACACCCCACCUAUUGUCAUAAAGGUGAUUGAUCACAGACCCUUUGGGCGUAAGCCAGUGGUUGGACAGUGCACAGUUCAAACUCUGCAAGAAUAUCGGAUUGAUCCAUAUGCUGCAAGACAGACCGUUGGAAUGCAAUCAAAAGCAUCUCUACUUUCAAAUGCUCGUGAUUGUGUCAUUGACAUCGAAGAUAAUCAAAAACCACUCCUUGAAUCACAGUUUAUAGACAGUAUGACCAAAGCAGUCAUCAAAAUGGCUUCUCCAUCAGCACUGCAUGCUGCCAAGGAGGAAGAGGCGAUUGAUUGGUGGAGCAAGUUUUAUGCAUCUAUAGGAGAGCAUGAACGGUGUGGCACUUACAUCCAGAAAGGUUAUGAUACAUUGAAGGUGUACACUACAGAACUGGAGAAUGUUCCAGAAUUCAAAGGCCUGACUGAUUUCUGCCACACGUUUAAACUCUUCCGAGGUAAAUCAGAAGAGGAUGAAGACCCAUCAGUUGUGGGUGAAUUUAAGGGUUCCUUCAAGAUUUACCCUCUGAGUGAUGAUCCAAAUGUUCAAAUGCCCCCACGUCAAUUUGCUGAGCUUCCAGAUAGCGGAGCUCAGGAAUGUUUGGUGCGAAUUUAUAUAGUUCGAGCCAUUGACUUGCAACCGAAAGACAAUAAUGGCAAGUGUGAUCCAUAUGUGAAGAUCACCUUGGGUAAAAAGUCAAUAGAAGACAGAGACAACUACAUUCCCAACACCCUGAACCCAGUCUUUGGCAGGAUGUUUGAAAUUACUUGCAACUUGCCUACAGAGAAAGAUCUCAAAGUUUCACUGUAUGAUUUUGAUUUGUUGACUCGUGAUGAAAAGGUGGGAGAGACCAUCAUUGACCUGGAAAACCGACUUCUAUCACGCUUUGGGGCUUAUUCUGGAUUGCCUCAAUCAUACUGUGUUUCUGGUGUAAAUACAUGGCGUGAUCAGCUCAAGCCAACCCAGCUGUUACAGAAUUUAGCCAAAAUGAAGGGCCUUUCUCAGCCAGUCAUCUCUAGCACCAGCCUGUCCUACAAUGGUCAGGAAUAUUUACUCAAUGAAAUUGAACGUAACAAGACUUUAAAUGUCCAUCUUGGGCCUCCAGAAGAACGGCUCGCACUUCAUGUUCUGAGACAGCAGGGACUUGUACCAGAACACACAGAAAUGAGGACGUUGUACAGCACCUACCAACCCAACCUUACACAGGGAAAGCUUCAGAUGUGGGUUGAUGUUUACCCAAUGAGUCUCGGCCCCCCUGGACCACCAUUCGACAUCACUCCCCGAAAACCCAAAAAGUAUUUCCUUCGCUGUGUAAUCUGGAAUACCAGUGACGUUAUUCUGGAUGAAACAAGCAUUACGGGAGAAGAAAUGAGUGAUAUCUAUGUGAAGGGCUGGAUGGUGGGACUUGAAGAUGAGAAGCAGAAGACGGAUGUACACUACAGGUCGCUUGGAGGUGAAGGCAAUUUCAACUGGAGACUGGUAUUCCCAUUUGACUACCUCCCAGCUGAGCAGCUUGCUGUUGUAUCCAAGAAGGAAAACUUCUGGAGCCUCGACAAAACUGAAUUCAGGACACCUCCGAAAUUAAUUAUUCAAAUCUGGGACAAUGAUAAAUUUUCCAUGGAUGACUAUUUGGGUGUCCUUGAGCUAGACCUGAAUUCCACGAUAUGCCCAACCAAAACCUCUUCGGGAUGCAGUUUGAAAAUGCUCCCUGAUGAAAAGGGGGGGAAAGCACCUAAAGCGACCUCCCUUUUUGCUCAAAAAUCGAUGAAUGGGUGGUGGCCAUGUGUCCAAGAGAAAGAUGGCAAACGCAUUUUGGCUGGUAAAGUUGAAAUGACACUGGAGAUCAUCAGUGAACAAGAGGCUGAGCAGAAACCUGCUGGCAAAGCAAGAGAUGAACCCAACAUGAACCCAAAACUGGAUCCUCCGAACCGUCCAGAAACGUCUUUCCUGUGGUUCACCAGUCCUUGCAAGACGAUGAAAUACAUCAUCUGGCGCCGGUUCAAAUGGAUCUUUCUUGGGAUCAUAAUACUGUUGUUUGUAGUUCUGUUCCUUGGGAUCUUCUUUUAUUCGUUGCCGAACUACCUAUCCAUGAGAAUUGUGAAUCCUAUCUAAGGAGUUUACGAUUGGCCAGUCUUCCCACGGCAGUGAUUGUGUUGUAUAGCUGGCCCAAGAACAUUCAUGUCAUAUGUCUACAACCUCAUGGCCUCGGGUAGAAGUGGACGGAGGUUAGGAGGAUGACAAGAUCUACGUUUACCAAGGUUAAGCAAGGUUCAUGGGGUCAUGACUGGGCCAUUUAUCAGUGAUUCCAUGUUAAUGUGCUGACCCUGAUGACCAGGACCCUGCUGUUUUUUAUCCAGCAUUUGCGCAAUUGGCUGUUUGUUUAGCAGGUGCCUCUCUAGUUAUGAAAUACCAGGGGAUUUGUUUUUGUGCAUUUGAAAUGGAGAACUAAGCAAAAGUGUUUUGAAUUAUGGCUAUUCAAGGUGGUUGGUUUGCUAAUCUGUUACAGUAUAUGUUUAAAACAACAUGCAAAUAUUAAGGGACUUUUUAUCAAACAUUUGUAAAACAAUUUAAAGAGCCAAAUGCCUCCACUCAGUCUGCAUAUAUCCUGAGAAUAGAAGAAACUAAUGGUUGAUGUUCUGAGGAUUAUAUAUAGUGCAGCAGUGUUUGUAUUAUGCAGUCUUCAUGGUUUUAGUUUGGUUCACUUUUCUACAUAAGAAUGUGGACUGAACCAACAUGUAACUUAAAUGCAGAAUAAAUCACUAUUAAUCAGUGUACUUCCUGUACUCGAAUAACUGCAAUGUUAGCUGCUAAUAAAUCAUUCCACCAGUG